AUGGAAUUUGCAAUCGGAUCAUUUUUCUCCUUCUCUUCUCACGUGAAACAGAAGGAAACAAAGCGACCGAUAAACUGCGCGUUUUCCGAUAGUCGGCGGCAUAACCCAGCAGAGUUUAAUUUUUUGGAUCAACCCUCUUCGGCGGCUUUUCAGCCAACAGGAUCCAGAAUGAAACUCCGCUUAGGCUUAUUGGCAUGGGCCGGGGCGCUAGAUCCGGCUUGGAAUCCGGAUCGGCCCCUGCGCAAUACGCGACCGUCGAGCGCCUUCACGGCAAUGUCCGACAUUUUGGACCGGCGUCGAUACGACAAGGACCUCUAUGAUCGCCUUGAUCAGCGAUUUUUCAGAAACGGAAAUGCCACUGGCUUUGCCUGGCCCGGUCAGCUCGACGCUGCUGGUGAGCUCACUGCUCAGGAUUACUUGGUCGAAUGCGGUCAAAGUGAAAUGUUUUUCGCCGCUCGAACCGACUCUUACGAUGCAUUCAACGUUGUCAACGCCGCCGACUUCACCCUUAACGACUGGCGAUGCAAUGGCAACUCGACAAAUCUCGAAUGGGUCGGAAUCGACGACGGAGCAGGAGGACAGAUCGAAGUCAUCUUCGCCUCGAUCCCACUUGACAGUUGCAAUACUACUGUCAGCUUUGAUGCAGAUACCAACGAGCUUGUCUUCUCCAACACGAUCAUGAACGGUGCUUUUGCUAUCCACCAGGACGACAACGAUGCGACCAACGGUGUUCAUGGCGGUAUCACAACAACUUCCGUCAUUGACUUUGGCGUCAGCUGCCGAUACACCGCUGUCUACAACGAUGUCGGUCUUGCCAUGGAAACGGAGCACGCUGACAUCAACCAGGUCAUCAACGUUUUCGAAUCAAACACCUUCGACUUCGCGAUCAACUUCGUUGCUCCUGAUGUCUCUGCACGAAUGGGAGGCAAUACUUCCUUUGUUGAUGUUCCCGUUGCCGAGUACAACGUCGGUGAUGCUGCUUACUUCUUCGUCGAGAUGGAGCAUCCAAACGAAAAGCUCUACUUGGAAGUCAUCAGCUGCACUAUGAUCUCUGGCCAUACUGACAACAUGAACUACACGAUCAUCGACAACCAGUGCGUGGACCCGUACACCAACACUAACUUGAUCGAUCAAUACGAGCCCUACAAAUCCCUCAUCUCCUUCACCAUGUUCGAGUUUGUCUCCGACAUUCCCGACUUGGAACAACAACAGAACGAUCUUCACUGCUCGAUUCGACUUUGCUUGAAGGACCCACAAGCUGCUGAGGAAAUGUGCCCCAGCAACACAGCCAACUGUCUCUAG